UCUGCGGCGGCGGCGGCGGCUAUGGCGGGGAAGGCGGCGGCGGGCGAGCCCCUGGGGCGGACGGCGGAAGAGGCGGCCUGGGCGGAGACGCUGCGCGGGGCCUGCGAGCCCGAGCACCACUGGCGAUACCGCCGGGAGUUCCUGCUGCGCAAUGUGGGGGAGCUGCCGGCGGCGGGCAGCGCCCAGCUGCAGCGCCUGGUGUCCCUCUCCAUGGUGUGGGCCAACCACGUCUUCCUGGGAUGCCGGUACCCGCCGCAGGUCAUGGAGAAGGCGCUGGAAAUGGCCGAAGGCAUCCAAGUGACCGACGCGCCUGUCCGCACCACGAGAGACGAACUGGUUGCCAAGGUGAAGAAAAGAGGCAUAUCAAGUAGCAAUGAAGGGGUAGAGGAGCCCUGCAAGAGACAAGCUGUUGAGAAAAGCAGAGAAUCUAAGGCUGGAAAGGAUGUGAAAACAACCAAGGCAGAAGGCGUGAAGGAAACAGAGAGGACAUUGCCGAAAAAGCAGGAAAAAGGUACUAGCAAAGGUUCAGAAACUUCCCAGUCAACAUGCAGUUCAGAUCAAGAAAUGGUCACAGUCACAGACAUGGAAACAGAAGGAAAACCUGCUAAUACUGAAAGUACUGCUGAGCAAAAGCCACCUUCAUCUGAAAAAGAGACAGGAAAGAAGCCUUGCUCAAGCCCACCUAGGGAAAGCAAAUGUGAGAAUAUGCCAUCACCUGAAAAGAAAACUACAGUAAGUGUAGCACCACUGGCUGCUGAGAGCACCCCUCAGCCAGAGGCAGUAGUGGCAGCACUGCCACCAGCUGCCCAAAACACCCCACAGGCAGCAGUGGUAGCAGCGGCAGUACCAUCAACAUCGAAGAGCACCCCACAGGCAGCAGUGGUAGCAGCAGCAGUGCCACCAGCUGCCAAGAGCACCCCACAAGCAGCAGCGGUAGCAGCAACAGUGCCGCUGACCACCAAGAGCACCCCACAGGUGCCAGCAGUGCCACCAACCACCAAGAACACCCCGCAAGCAAGUGCUGCGUUGCUGUCUUCCAAAGCCCAAGUGAGUGCCCCAGCAUCAGUGUCCAAGAGCGGUGCUCAGGUGAGCAGCUCACUGCUUCUGGCCCCCAAGAGUGGCACUCAGGUGGGCACCUCGCUGCUGCUGGCCUCCAAGGGCACUGCUAAGGUGGGCUCCCCACUCCUGGCCUCUAAGAGCAGUGCAGAGGUGGCUGCCUCGUUGCUGGCUGCUCGGAGUGGCACACAGCCAGGAUCAUCUCUGCUCGCUUCCAAGAGCAGUGCCCAGGUGGCUGCUUCACUGCUGGCAGCUCGGAGCGUAGCUCAGCAGGGGCCCUCCCGGGGUGGAGCUCAGGCAGGUGCCUCCUUGCUGGUUUCCAAGGGUGGCUUGCAGGCAGGCGACAGCCCUGCGAAGGCUUUGUGCAAACCGCUAACCAGUGAAGAUGCUAAGGAAAGACAACCUUUUUUCAACAGACUCUACAAAGCUGUAGCCUGGAAACUGGUUGCUGUUGGAGGCUUCAGUCCUAAUGUAAAUCAUGCAGAACUUCUAAAUUCAUCUAUUCAGUCUGUAAAAGCUACAUUAGAUGUUGCUUUUGUUCCCCUGAAGGAACUUGCAGACUUGCCUCAAAAUAAAAGCUCUCUAGAAAAUAUCGUUUGUGAACUGAGGUGCAAGUCUGUCUACUUGGGUACUGGCUGUGGUAAAAGUAUGGAAAAUGCCAAAGCAGUAGCUUCAAGAGAAGCUUUGAAAUUAUUCCUCAAGAAGAAAGUUAUUGUGAAGAUAUGUAAAAGAAAAUACAAAGGUAGUGAAAUUGAAGAUUUGGUGCUUCUGGAUGAAGAGUCGAAACCUUCAAAUUUGCCGCCAGCUUUAAGAAAUCCUCGUGAGAUCUUGUAGGGGAGAAUCACUGUACUGUGUAUAGUAUUUCAACACAAGGACUGAAGGUUAAUUUUGUACUUUGAAAAUGUAGGCUUCCAGAUAUUUUGUAUUUCUUUCUCAGUUUUGCAAGACAAUGAUAGUUCUUUCACUUGGUAGCAAUUGUAUAAAACUUGUUAGAGAUGACAAGUGCGCAUUUAAAGGUAUUGCCUUAAUAUACAGCACACUAGUGUGCUGUUGUGUUUGCAGAAUAGUCUACCUAACUCUUCUAUUUUUAAUUAAACUAUUAAGAUACAAUUUGCUGUUGAAAAUCUGACAUUUUUGUAAUUCUUACAAUUUGAUGGUAGUGUGCUCAAUUGUCUACCAUAUCUUUUCUAGCCACGUAGAAGUGUGUACAUAGGGACCAUAAUACUUGAAUAAUUGAAAGUUGUUUAAAAAUUUCAUUCAAAAAGUUGAAUCAUCUGUUUCAGGCUUGUUGCUCAUAAUGUUUACUGUUGUUCAUACUAGGAGAGAAAAUAGUUGGUUGACUAUUUUUAUGGGAUGUUUUCAUAACACUUGCAAUGUAAGUGACAUCCUGGUCCCAUUUAACAUUAUACUAUCAGGUUAGAGCCMAUUUAAUAUCACACUGGCAAAUUAGCAGUUAGCAGUCAAGUCACAGCUAUUUUGGCCACCAAAACUGUAAGCAGAGUUAAUUUAUAUGGUGAGGUAUCAUUUACAGUUUUGUUUGGUGUUUUUUGUUUUUCAAAUAAACAUGGAUUUCUUUACUAA